AUGAGUGAUCUAAUACGAAAACAGCUAAUUCAAUCACGGAAAGUAUUAAAGGAUAAAUAUAAUUUACUAAAACAAGAAAAAGCAUUUUCUCAAAAACAAUUCAAGGAACAACUACAACCACUCAUUGAACCUAUUCAAAAAUUUAUUUCAUCAGCUCCAUUGAAAACAGAAAUAAAGCAUGAACCUAAAACGCCUAGUAACAUAUCACAAUAUUAUAAGUUUAUGCCAAAUCUUACUGGUUCAAUCAUUCAACCAGAAUUUGGUGAAACAUUUAUUGAUGAUAAUCCUGAAGAAGUGACUCCGGAAGUACCACAAGAAGUAUUUGAUAGUUAUUUAAAUAAAUAUAAUCCUUUACCAAGAGGUUACAUUGAAGAUUUAUUAAAUGAUAAUGAAGGAAAUUUUGAUCAUACAUUUGGUGUAUACUUUGAUCCAGAGUCUAAAGAAUGGUCUUUCGGAGAUUCUGUAAUUAAUUUUGAUGGUCGUGAUAUUAUAAUUCAAGAUUUAAAAUAUAAAGGUACUCCCGGUCUCUAUGAGUUACUUUUUAAGAAGUUUCCUACUGGAUAUAGACCGGAGGAUGUUGAUAAUUUUAUAGAUAUCGUUAAACGAACAAAUGCUCAGUAUUUAGGUUAUAACCCUGAAAAAGGUUUAUCUACUUCAAAUGCUAAAAAAUUUAUUGAUAUAAUUAAACCUCGGGUUACAAACUUAUAUUCAAUGAGUCAAGAUUUACAAAGAAGUAGAUCUAAUUCACUCCCACAAAGUUCUCUUCCUCGUUUACAAACUAAAUCUCCAAAAAUAUCUAAACUUUUAGAUCCUAAAAAAUCUACCUCACAAAAUGGUACAAGUACUUAUGAAAUACCAGUAACUGGUAAAGUGGUACGUGUUCAAUGCGAUCCAAAUAUUCUUAACGUUAACUAUAAAAAUCAAUCAACGAAAAUUGAAGAUUUAAUAAAUGGAAAUAUUUUAAAUAAAGGUGAUAUUAUGGAAUUUAAAUUCAAUCACAAUCAACCUAGCCUAUCCUUAUAUUUGGAGAUGGUUAUGCAAUGUCCUUUAGAACACUGA